AUGCGAUCAAUAAUUUUAAUUAUAAGUUUAUUUGUUUUUGUUUCUGGAUUAGUACAUCAAAGUAAAAUAUUAUGGAAACCAUCAAAAAGGAUCGAGAUGCUGAGAAGUGGAGAAUGGGCAACAUAUAAGAAACAUCUCGAGAGACAAAGAAACCGUAAUCCUUGGCAGCUACAGAGUUUGCCACAGAAUGUCAAUGACUUUGCCGAUUUUGAAUAUCUUGGAAACAUCACUAUUGGAACUCCUGAUCAGAGCUUUAUUGUUGUCCUUGACACAGGUUCCGCGAAUCUUUGGAUUCCAGGGACAUCAUGCAAAGCAAAUUGUGAGUCGAAACACAAAUUUGACAAGAUAUUGUGAAGAUUGGAGCGACCGGAGAAAAUCAGUUAGCAAUCCCAAAAACGACAUUCGGAAUUGCAAACCAAGUUUCAGCAGAUUUAAAAAACGACGCCACCGAUGGAAUAUUCGGUCUUGCAUUCACUACAUUGGCUGUUGAUGGCGUAGUUCCACCACUUAUCAAUGCUAUUAAACAAGGAAUUCUUGAUCAACCAUUGUUCAGUGUAUUCUUGGAACAUAGAGGAACAUUGACAAAUGUUGGAGGAGGAGUGUUCACAUAUGGAGCAGUAGACACUACUAAUUGUGAACCAGUGAUUGGAUAUCAGCCAUUGUCAUCUGCCACUUAUUUUCAGUUCAAGGCAAAUCGAUUCCGACUGGGAAAAUAUUUGAAUGCAAAAGUUGUUGACGUGAUUUCGGAUACUGGAACUUCUUUCUUGGGUGGUCCCAGUGUAGUUAUUAAUGAAAUUGCAAAGCAGGCUGGCGCUACCUACUAUAUCCUUGGAGAAGCGUACGUAAUCGAUUGUGAUGCUACUCCUGGACCACUUGAAGUUACAAUUGGUGGCCAUGAUUAUCAAAUCGAACACUACAAUUAUAUUGCGGAUGUUGGCGAUGGAACGUGUGUGAUGGCUCUCUUCCCAAUGGAUUUUGGAGGUUUUGGACCUUCCUGGAUUCUUGGAGACCCGUUUAUCAGGCAAUAUUGUAACAUUUAUGAUAUUGGAAACUUCCGAAUGGGAUUUGCUCCAUCUUUGCAACCUGCUCCAAAAUGA